ACACAUGUGGUUGUUAAAAAUGCACGUUCCUGCACCCACUCAAGAAAUGCUAAAGUAGAUUCUUAAAUUGUACCUGGAAACCUGAAUUUCUAUUCUGUUGCAGGAGUUCUGGGAACUCUGGUCUCCUGUCUGUGACUUUCUGUGAUUCCUCAUUGCAUUUUCAGUAUCUCAGAUGGUUGGUUUGAGUGUGGGUAUGGUGUUUGGUGCAUACUGAAUGAAGUCUUAGCCCACAGACCUUUGGUGAAUAUGGGUCUGGGAGAGGGAACCACGGAUCCUAAGGUCAGAGUUUCCUAGCCUGAUGACAAGAAUGAAAAGAGGGGCCUGAAGGGUUUGCAGAGCAAAAGAAACUGAGUAUUUUCUUAGAUGUGCCCUGGGUGACAUUCAUUCAUUAGGCCUAUCUAGGUACUGGGUAUAUACUAGUGAACAAAACAAAAAUACCUGCUUUCAUAAAUUUUUAUGUUCUAGUGGGUGUGAUAGGCAAUGAAGAAAUAUAUAAGUAAAAUAUAUAGCAUGUUGGUGAUAUGAGCUGAGGAGAAAAAGCAGGAAGGGGGAUAGAAAUUCUUUCACGCCAAGUGCAGAAGAUAGGAAGUUCUGGGAAGUGAUGUGACGUCAUCACUUGCUUUAACAUGGGAAAGAAUGAGACUGCCAGGCUCCCAGGGACGUCACGACUAGCUCUGUGACGCAUCGUCAGGGAGUUCCGUAGAGAUCACGGGCUCCUUUAUGACGUCAGCAGCCGGGCCCAGAUAACAGAGGAGGUUAGAUCCCGCUGGGGGGCCCGCCGGCUGCACGCAGGGUCCGUGAGGUCUCCGCGGCGCACAUUGGCUGAAGGAGGGCCGAGAGCCUUGGCAGCUGCGGCGGCGACUUUGGUGUCCGUGACAGGGUGCCCCGGGGUCAGGAUGCGGCGGAGCCCCCGCCCGGGCUCGGCGGCGUCCCCGCAUAAGCGCACGCCCAACUUCUACAGCGACAACAGCAACAGCUCAGUGAGCGUCACCUCGGGGGACAGCAGCGGGCACCGGUCAGCUGGGCCGGGGCCCGGGGAGCCUGAGGGCAGAAGAGCCCGGGGCUCGAGCUGCGGUGAGCCCGUCUUGAGCGCAGGAGUGCCUGGAGGAACCACAUGCGCUGGAAGCCCUCGGCAGAAGCCUGCGCCUCGGAGCCACAAAGGGCCGACCGCCUGUGGCGCGGCAACCGUGAGGGGCGGGGCCUCGGAACCGGCUGGCUCUCCCGUAGUCUCUGAGGAGCAGUUCGACCUUCUCCCGACCCUGGAUCUGAGGCAGGAGAUGCCUCCACCGCGCGUGUCCAAGAGCUUCUUGAGCCUGCUGCUUCGGGUGCUGAGCGUGUUGUUGUCCCUGGUAGGAGACGUGCUGGUCAUUGUGUACAGGGAGGUCUGUUCCAUCCGCUUCCUGCUCACGGCCCUGUCACUGCUGAGCCUCUUUCUGGCAGGUGAGAGGGUGGCGAAUCCCCUGGGGCCCCCGCCCUGGAUCUUUUGGAGCCAAACCCGGCACAUUUUCUCCUGUAUCCCUCAGCACCCUGAGCACCUUCAACUGCUCACAGUCCCCUUCAGAGCCCCCUCAAGGCUUUUCUCUCCUCACUGUCCCUUUAUGCCAAGGAAACCCUCUCCCUUGGCUCCCCCUGAGACUACCCCUCUUUCCCCAGCACUCUGGUGGGGGCUGCUGUAUCUGGUCCCUCCUUUGGAGAAUGAACCUAAGGAGAUGCUGACUCUAAGCGAGUACCACGAGCGCGUGCGCUCCCAGGGGCAGCAGCUGCAGCAGCUCCAGGCCCAGCUGGAUAAACUACACAAGGAGGUGUCCAGCGUUCGCGCAGCCAACAGCGAGAGAGUGGCCAAGCUCGUAUUCCAGAGGUUGAAUGAAGACUUUGUGAGGAAACCUGACUAUGCGCUGAGCUCUGUGGGGGCCUCCAUCGACCUAGAGAAGACAUCACACGACUAUGAGGAUGCGAACACUGCCUACUUCUGGAAUCGCUUCAGCUUCUGGAACUACGCUCGGCCGCCAACAGUUAUCCUGGAGCCAGAUGUGUUCCCUGGGAAUUGCUGGGCUUUUGAGGGCGACCAGGGUCAGGUGGUAAUCCGGCUACCGGGUCGCGUGCAACUGAGCGACAUCACCCUGCAGCACCCACCGCCCAGUGUGGCACACACCGGGGGAGCCAACAGCGCCCCCCGCGACUUCGCAGUCUAUGGCCUCCAGGUUGAUGAUGAGACUGAAGUUUUCUUGGGGAAAUUCACCUUCGAUGUGGAGAAAUCAGAGAUUCAGACUUUCCACCUACAGAAUGACCCCCCAACUGCCUUUCCCAAGGUGAAGAUCCAGAUUCUAAGCAACUGGGGCCACCCCCGUUUCACAUGCUUGUAUCGAGUCCGAGCCCAUGGCAUGCGAACUUCAGAGGGAGCAGGGGACAGUGCCACGGGGGAACUCCAUUAAACAUGCUGAUUGUUGGAGUAGAGUGCAGGUCUGUGCUGAAAGAAGCUGGAAUCAUAAUGAGGUGUUUCUUGGGGGAAAUCUGGUUGCCUUUGGCCUAUUAGUUGGGGGAGUCUACUUUCCAAUGCGCCCUCUUAUUGGAGAAGUUCAGAUCAAUACAGUAGCAGCAGCUCAUGUUUAUGGAGUGCUUACCACAUGCAAGAGAUGGUGCUCUGGAUAUUUUACACAUCGUCUAACUAAUCCUCACAACCGUGGAAGGGGAAACCACUCAGGUCAGGGAAUGCUCAAGAACAUACAGUUAGUGAGGAACAGUGGCACAGGAUUCAAAUCUACCUUCCCCCAGAGGCCACCCUCUUUAACUCAGAGCUGCCAGUCAGCCUGAAGCCAUGUUUGUACAGCUCAAUUCCUACCCCCAACCUCUGGGAAAGUCCCCUCAACUCCUGCCAAGUGCAGGUGGAGAGGUUAACUACUUUUUUUAGGUUAACACUCAAAAACUAAGGAGACCUGAGAACCUCUAGGAAGCAUCUGAGAGUAGAUGCAGGCCUGGUACCCCUACUCAGUUUGUCUUUACUGCUAGGCACAGGCAGUCUAGUGUUCAAUCUGUCCCUGCCCUCAGGGAGCCCGGUAGGGGAGAGUGCUCCAGGAAACAGGACAAUUCAUUUAUUGAUUCAAGAAUUCUUUAUACUAGGAGUCCAAUCAGAAUUGGAAGAAUAAAAGAUGGGAGGAGACAGUCUUCAAAAGAUUAAUGAGUUAUGCCUGGCUAGAUUAAAAAAGGGGGACCAUGGGGCGCC